UUUUUUUUUGAGAUGGCUGGAGCCGGGUUUUUUUGGUCUCCCAGGCUGGAGCAGAGUGAUGUGAUCCCAGCUCACUGCAACCUCUGCCUCCCGUGUUAAAGCAAUUCUCCUGCCUCAGCCUCCUGAGUAGCUGGGAUAAUGGGUGUGUGCCACCACGCCCAGCUAAUUUUGUAUUUUUAGUAGAGAUGGGAUUUCACCAUGUUGGUCAGGAUGGUCUCAAACUCCUGACCUCAAGUGAUCUGUCCGCUGGGCCCCCUACCUUAGCUUGAAUCUUCAUUAAUUACCACCCUUCUGUUUAGUUCUGUUUUAAUAAUAAUAUUAAUAGAAGAGGACUUAUAAGACAGUAUAUUCUAGUUUUGUAAUGGAAUUUACAAUUUGUUGUAUAUUGAGUCAAAAUUCUAAUCUUUACAUAACUCUUCAACUAUUUAAAUAUAACUUUUAAAUUUGUGUCAGCAGCAUGGAAUAAAUAUUACUAGAGCCUUCAUCAUUUUCGAUAUGAUAUGGUUUCAGAUUUCUCUCACUAUCCUAGUAAUUCUGCUCUAAGUUCCAGUUUAUUCCUUAUUAUAUAGCACAAGAGUUAAAUAUAAGAGGUGAUCAGAUAUGCUGUGAAAGAGUACCACUUCCCCUGUUCUGGGUGCUUUUUUUUAACGCUGCCUAAUACCAUUUUAGUUUUUUAUUUUGACAACUACAUAUCACUGAUUCACUAUGUCACUAAAAUCUUAAAUCUUCAAUAUAUAGUGCUGUUAAAUUAUGGUUACCCUUCACAUAUUAAAUUGAUUUAUUAAACCAAACUCUUAAGACAUUUUUCCUAUAGAACUCCAUCUUGUUAGAUUUUAGUUUAUUGAUUCAUCUUGUCUAGCUAAAGUUGAAUCUUGAUUUUCAUGCAGUAUAUUUCUCCUGUGUCUUCUAUAUUAUAUAUGUCAUCAAUAAGUAUCACCCAAAAAUAACCUUAUGCUAGUCAUGAAGAACACAAAUGGAGCAACCCAGUGUCAACCAGUGCAAUUUAAUAGUCUUUCUAACAGGAUAGAAAGAAAAGAGUAAUUCCCAAAACAGUAACAUGGAUAGUACAUGUCAAUGUGAGAAAUAUGAACAAGUUCAGUACUAAAAAGACAUGUCUAGGUAAAAUACCCUAAAAGGAGGUUUGGAGUAGUGCAAGGCAGGGGAGGGGAAGGUAAGUAGAAUAGCAGAGAUAAACUCUCUAUUGUGUCAGAAAGAAAAUAAUGAGAUGUAUCACAUUUUACUCCCUAAUCUCAGUUCCAGGUAAAAAUGAUCCAGUGAUUUAGCAAGUAGUUACGUUGGGUUUUAAAUUUUUCAUAUAGCUACAAAUGAAUGCAAGAGAAUUAUAAACAUCAAAGUCAGAAUCCUGAAUGUAUCAAGUAUAUAGGACACAGGGCUUCAACUGUAUUGGAUGAUUUUAUCUCAAGUUGAAUGUUGGCCUCACAGAAGUUGUUUAUAGUAUUUCCUUUUUUCAAAACCUGAAACAUUUCAUAAUUAGAAAAACAGUAAAAAAAACAAAAUUGGGUUUUCAGCGUAGUACUGUAAUUUAUUUCAUUUCUUGACUAAUGAUUCAAGCCCUUGAUAAACAAUGGUUAUGGAAUGACAUGUGUAGCUCUCAAGUUCUAACUAAUGUUAAGUUUAGCAGAUAAAGCAGUUUAUCACUGUGUCCGUUCACUUGUACUGCAUAAGUAUGUGCUGAUAAAAUAAUCUUAAAUACAAGGAUUUUAGUAAAGAAAUAAGCUACUUCAUUAACAUUGUAAAAUAAAUAGUUUUAAGAUGUAAAAUGUGAAAGGAAUUUACAGUGUAUAGAUUUUCUGACUUUCCAAUUAUGCAAUUAUAAAUUUUUAUUGAUAAUCUUAUUUUGAAAACCCCCGAGUUUUCAAAUAUUCUGCAUUUAUGUUGACUAUUUCACCAAGAUGAUAAAACAUGCAGUAUUUUCCUCAUUUUAUAAUUUUUAUAGUGAGAACAGAGAAGCCAGAUGAUUUAUUAGUUAUUGCUGGUAAAAAUACAGAGAUCCUUUGAAACAUUUGUCUCUCCUAGAAUUCUCAUCAAACCAUAUGCUUCUAACACAUUACUUAACAGUCAUGGGGAGUAUGUGGGAACGACAAGAGACUCACCCUCUCCCUUCCCUGCCAAAACCACACAUAGAUCCACACACUUGAAAAAUAAGGAAAUAAGAUCAUCUAGUAUGGAGAUUCCUCAAAAAUUAAAAUUAUAUCCAGCAGUUCCACUCCUGGGUAUAUACCAGAAGUGAAAGCAGGAACUUGGACAGAUAUUUGUACAUUUUUGUUCACAGCAGCAUUAUUCACAAUAGUCAGAAGAUGGAAGCAAUCCAAGUGUCCAUCAAGGGAUGAAUGGUUAAAAGAAAUGUGACAUAUACACACAAUGGAAUAUUAUCCAGCCUUAAGAAGGAGGAAAAUUCUGAUACAUAUUACAUCCUGGAUGAAUCUUGAAGACAUUAUGAGGCCAACAGUGCACCCUAGAGAAAAUUUGUGUGACCUCCAAAGCACCCAAACUCUGUGGCCCAGUUGCCUGUAAAAUGAGGACAGAAACGACUUCAUGGGAUUGUGAAAGAAAUUAAUCUACAACAGGUGCCUGUGAAGUGGGAGAAACGGUUUACACUGUCCGACCAGAAACACUUCCGUUCUCUGGGAAUCCGGCUAGGGGGAGCCGCUAGAUUCCAUCCUGUUUCUCCGAUGAAAGUAUCAGGAAUUAUCUAUAGAGUAAGUAUGCUAAUCUUGAAUAAGACAGCAGGAGUUUUUUUUAAACCAUCAAAAAGGAAAGUUUAUGAAUUUUUAAGAAGUUUUAAUUUUCAUCCUGGAACACUAUUUCUUCACAAAAUAGUAUUGGGAAUUGAAACCAGUUGUGAUGAUACAGCAGCUGCUGUAGUGGAUGAAACUGGAAAUGUGUUGGGAGAAGCAAUACAUUCCCAAACUGAAGUUCAUUUAAAAACAGGUGGGAUUGUUCCUGCAGUAGCUCAACAACUUCACAGAGACAAUAUUCAACGAAUAGUACAAGAAGCUCUUUCUGCCAGUAGAAUCUCACCAAGUGACCUCUCAGCAAUUGCAACUACCAUAAAACCAGGACUUGCUUUAAGCCUGGGAGUGGGCUUAUCAUUUAGCUUACAGCUGGUAGGACAGUUAAAAAAGCCAUUCAUUCCCAUUCAUCAUAUGGAGGCUCAUGCACUUACUAUUAGGUUGACCAAUAAAGUAGAAUUUCCUUUUUUAGUUCUUUUGAUUUCUGGAGGUCACUGUCUGUUGGCAUUAGUUCAAGGAGUUUCAGAUUUUCUGCUUCUUGGAAAGUCUUUGGACAUAGCACCAGGUGACAUGCUUGACAAGGUGGCAAGAAGACUUUCUUUAAUAAAACAUCCAGAGUGCUCCACCAUGAGUGGUGGGAAAGCCAUAGAACAUUUGGCCAAACAAGGAAAUAGAUUUCAUUUUGACAUCAAACCUCCCUUGCAUCGUGCUAAAAACUGUGAUUUUUCUUUUACUGGACUUCAACAAGUUACUAAUAAAAGAAUAAUGAAAAAGGAAAAAGAGGAAGGUAUUGAGGAGGGGCAAAUCCUGUCUUCAGCUGCAGACAUUGCUGCCACAGUACAGCACACAAUGGCAUGUCAUAUUGUGAAAAGAACACAUCGGGCUAUUCUGUUUUGUAAGCAGAGAGACUUGUUACCUCAAAAUAAUGCAAUACUGGUUGCAUCUGGUGGUGUUGCAAGUAACUUCUAUGUCCGCAGAGCUCUGGAAAUUUUAACAGACGCAACACAGUGCACUUUGUUGUGUCCUCCUCCCAGACUGUGCACUGAUAAUGGCAUUAUGAUUGCAUGGAACGGUAUUGAAAGACUACGUGCUGGCUUGGGCAUUUUACAUGACAUAGAAGACAUCCGCUAUGAACCAAAAUGUCCUCUUGGAGUAGACAUAUCAAAAGAAGUUGGAGAAGCUGCCAUAAAAGUACCACAAUUAAAAAUUGAGAUAUGAUUUCUGCUGUUCAAAAAAGUCCCUAAAGGGUCUCACUCUUGGACCUCGGCUAGUAGCAAGAGAUCUACAGUAGCAAGAUCACAACUCACUGCAACCCUGACUUCCUGAACUCAAGCAAUCCUCCUGCCUUAGCCUCUUGAAUAGGGACUACAGGUGUGCAUGUCCAUGCCCAGCCAACUGUAUUUCUAUUUUUUGUAGAGACAGGCUCUUGCCAUGUUGCCCGAGCUGGUCUUGAACUGCUGAGUUCAAGUGAUCCUCCCACCUUGGCCUCCAGAAGUGCUGGGAUUACAGGUGUGAGCCACCAUGCCUAGCCAAAAUAUUUCUUAAGUAUACAUUUUGGGUCUUAGAAGACUUAUACAUUUGUAAUAUUUAUUACUAAAUAUCUCACAGUAUUAUAAUAAAUGUCACCAUGUGAGCUACUUUGAAUCAGGCCUCUUGCACGCCAAUUUAAAAAUGUUAACUCUUGAUAUAUACACUAGUUAUACCACUCAUGUCAGUCGAUAAAUUUUAAGGUUUAAGUGCAGGCCUUCUUUUAUAGAAAUCCUACUUAUUAUUUGAAACCAUAACUCUGACCUGAUAUUAAAUUCCCGUAGACAUGCUAAGGAGUCUGCUUAGUAUCGAGAUCAAGAACUUCCAUUCAGAAAGAUUAUUCAGUUAUGUUAUUUGCAUAUUACCACUAUUAAAAAUAAAAGAAUUUU